AGUCUCUGUCCCCAGUCAGAGGACAGCAGCCAGCGGGCACCGGAGGACACAAACAAACCGUCUCACAGCACCGAGACAACAAGUCGGUUUACAGUUUAUCUCUGGUCUGACUCACAUGGAAACAGCAGACCUAUACUCAUGUCUGUGCUGACAUAACAUGUAGCAGAGACUCUGCCGUGAAAGUCGUCUUUUAAUUGUAAUACAGGCGCGUUAAUGUAGCUCCAAAGAACAUCAUUUAAAAACGUUUUUAUUAUUAUAUCAAGAUGCAGCCAUAAACUUUACUGUUUCUCGAAGUGGAAGUUGAUAUUCAGUCCUAACAAUUGCUGUCAAGAUGGAAAGCACCACUCCUUAAGGACGAGAUGGGAAAAUGGGAGUUAACAAUGGACCCAGUGCAGGAGUGGGGUGAGGAGUUUGAGGACGGCGCAGUUUACGGGGUCACUCUGCGCCGGGAGCCCGUCCCAUCCUCCCCCAACCCUGGUGAGAAGAGCCCGAGCCUCGCUUUUGUGCAGUACCGUACCUGCAAGGUGCGGCGUCUGAAGGCCGCGACCCUGGACCUCGUUGUGAAUCACGUCCUCGACCCUGGCUGCCAGGAGCAGGACUAUGGCAGGAUCUUCCUCUCUACAUACAGAACCUUCACCGGUACCUCAAAGCUCAUAGAGAUGCUCUUCCAGAGAGACAAUGCUGCCUCAGAUCUGGACAACGGUGAAUGCUACACGAGCCCUCUGUUGGCCUUUGUCCAGACAUGGUUGGAUGAGUACAGCGAGGACUUCAGGGAUCCUCCCCUGCACCCGGCUCUCAGGCUGCUGUUGGAUCAUCUGAGGAUCAGCUCCGCCGUUCACGACAACAUGCGCAGCCAGCCCAACUUUAGCUCGUUGGCUGGGCAGGCUGAGGCGCUGCUCAAGAGGUUACAGAACGAAGAAGCUGAGACAAGUAUCAGUACAGCCUCGGCUGAACUGGAGCAAGAUGAGGAGGGUUCUGGUGAUGAGGAUUCAGGAUGUGAAAACUCUCUGGAUCAAGGUGGCAUCAUGGAGUUCUCCGCUGCAGCCGUUGCUGAACAGCUCACCCGGAUGGACUCUGCUCUGUUUGUCAAAGUGGUGCCAUACCAGUGUCUGGGCUGUGUGUGGUCGCAAAGAGACAAGAAGGAAAACAUGUCUCCCACCAUCCGAGCAACCAUCGCGCAAUUCAACGCCAUCACCAACCAGGUCAUCAUGUCCCUGCUCUGCCAGCCGACCGACGCCACCUCAAGUCCCACUUCCUCCCGCCGGCCUCCCACUACACCAGCUCAAAGGGCCCGCAUCAUAGAGAAGUGGAUCAGAGUAGCACAGGAUUGUCGUCGGUUGAAGAACUUCUCCUCUCUCAAGGCGAUCCUGUCGGCCCUUCAGUCUAAUGCAGUUUACAGGCUGAGGAAGACUUGGGCUGCUGUCAGCAGGGAUAGCAUGGCCACGUUCGAUAACCUCUCGGAAACGUUCCCCGAUGAGAACUGUGUCCUGACCAACAGAGAGCUCCUGGUGGAGGACGGAGGCCAAGCGACUGUGGAUAACAUUUCUCCAAAGAUAUCCAAGCGGUGUCCGAUCCACAGACAGAUGAGUACCUCCAGUGGAGUGGUUCCUUACCUGGGCACCUAUCUGACCGUCCUCACCAUGCUGGACACUGCCCUGCCAGACGUUGUGGAGGUUGUGCUCAUAAAUUUUGAGAAGAGGAGGAGGGAGUUUGAGGUUCUGUCACAGAUCCGUGUGCUACAGGUGUCCUGCUCCCAGUACAACCUGCCCAAUCACCCCAGAAUCGCUGUCUGGCUGCAGGGACACAAGCUGCUCACCGACCAAGAGAGCUAUGACCUGUCGAGACAGCUGGAGCCUCCGUUGGACUUGUGCUCGCCAACUCCCUGGAGACACCGCACACUCACAAAGAAACUCUCCUUUCUCCUGACAGUGAGCGAUGGAUCUAAAAAAGUCCCUGCUGACCAGAUCAGCGUUUCAUCAUCUGGAUCCAGUGGAUCUGAGAUGGAGGAUCUAUCCUCCCCAAACUCAGCCUGUUCCAUCAGACUGCAGGUAAACAGCUAUUCCUUUCACGGCUCUUGCAGCAACGUGUCCGAGGCCUUCUCUUCCUCCUCAUCCUACUCUUCCUCAUCUUCCCCCUGCUCCUCCGCGGCUUCCUCUCCGGACUCCCCCUCUCUUUCCAGCUCCUCCUCUGACUGCCGGACCGAUCUGUGCUCUUCAGCCGCGUCCUGCGGUGGCGCUCGGCCGAAGCCCACUCUGGCCUCCCACCACAAGCGCUCCGUGUCCAUGACCUCCCUGCCGCUGUAUAACCGCCAGGUGGCUGACUCCUGUAUAGUCAGGGUGAGCGUGGACCUGGGCCACAACAACGGCAACAUGUACAAAAGCAUCCUGUUGACCAGCCAGGACAAAACUGCCCAGGUGAUUCAGAGGGCGUUGGAGAAGCAUCACCUCGAGCACAUGAACUGGCACGACUUCACCCUGACGCAGGUCAUCUCCCAGGAGAGAGAGUUGCUCAUACCAGACAAAGCCAACGUCUUCUAUGCCAUGUCCACAAUGGCAAACUUUGACUUUGUUUUGCGCCAAUUCCCCAAAGGUCAGAAGAAACCACUGAGGGCCACGUCUAGUCUCGGACGAUACACAAAGUAGCACCUUUGGUCUGCAAAUCCUGCACCUGGAAUAUGAACCGAGCACACGGGACUCUCCUUGAAGAUAUUUUUAAAUAGUUUUAUAAGACAAGUAUGUUCUCCAAUCCUUUUUUUGGAUACCAAAGAGGUAAAAAAUGUGACAUUUCUAUGGUAACGGACAAGAUGAUGCAAAAGCACUUUAUGAAGAAGCCUCAACAGAAACGGAUGGAGCUUUUAAAAAACAUCUGGAUCAGACAUGCUUUUAUUUCCUGUUGGAAUAAACUCUGUAUGAAUCCUAAAAAAGAAAAAGAAAGAACCCAUUCCUUGACUUUUCCCCAGAGAUGUGUCGAUGAUGCUUACACAGUUUUAAGUGCAUGGAUGCAAAUACUGGCUGCUAGAUGUCAAAACGCUGACCUAACAUGAACAUGGAGAAAUGCCUGGCCAUCUCCCAACGCAGCUGGGAGCCAUUAAUAACCUGUGUGUUAAAAAGGGAACUGGGGUCAGAUGCUGUGUGAAGGGCGUACAGCUGAUAAUGAACUCCUGGGGCCCCUCAGCAGGUUGUCAGCCACUCGAGAUGAGAUACCCGGCGUGAUGUGCCAGUGCCAUCUGAGGAGUGGGAGGGUACGAUCUCACCAGGGAUCACGGUGUACCAGCUGAGUUUCAGGCCCAGCUGCUGCUGCGGCGUUGCUGUGAUACUCAUCGUGUGAAGCCAGCAGAUCCGACUGGAAGGAUGGCAUUCCUGAGUCGGGGGAACCGUGACAGCAGACUUGGAUGGACUUUGUGUGUGUGCUUUCAGUGUUAGUGCUACAACUAAGUAAGAUUCACUUUAAGAGUUUUGAUUUUUUUUCUAAUGUUUUGUAUUUAUUUUCUGGUUCACACUUUGAUUGCACCUUUAUUUGAUUAACACAUUGUGACGACUCGCUGGGUGGCAAGUUGUCUCUUGACUGGUUAGAACAUAUAAAAAAAAAAAAUCUAAACUUUGAUUAGUGAGGUUAUAAUUUUAGAGAUGUCUUAAUGUCUGAUGAAUUCUGAGGAUAUUUAAAAUGUUAAUGACAAUAUUUAAAAUUUUAAAAUGAAAGUUUUAAAAAAAAAAUUGUAUUAAACAGAUUUGGUUCAGACUUGUGAAGCCUGGAUGUAACUGGUGCUUAAAUGGCUUGAUUUAAAGCCUAUAACGGGGAGUGUAGAUGUAAUCAUUUCAAUGACGUCAAUUGACGCAGAGAUUCUCGUGACAUGGCUGAUAAUGAUCAUAUUUCUUACAGUUCACGCUCCGGGGAGCAUUCGCAAAGAGGAAGAGUUGCACAUUGAAUAGACUCACUUUAGUAAAAUCACAAGUUUUACCACUCUGAGGUGCCCUUGGAGUGUCAGGAGCCUUGCUCAAGGGCACAGAUAGCUGUCGAGGAAAGAAACAGACACAGAUGUCUUAUUGUUGACCUCCUCUACCUACGCUGUUCACCGAGACCUGGGGCUUUGAAACAGUAAACACUGUCUCUUAUAAAAUGCCUCUUUUUCUUCACUCUAGGGAUUAAUGAAGUAACUGCCGCAGUUGUAAAACAAAGAGAAGUACACGGUUUAAAAAAUGGGAUUUGAGAUGUAUUUCCACGCUGUAUUGACAACUUCCUAAUAAAAAAUGUUUCAGUCCUA